AUGGUAACGCCGCACCCCUCGUCUAGGUCACCUGGCUGCGGGUUCCAGCCCCUCACCCGCAGUUGCUGCAGGGCCUGGGUUGCAUGUAGUUUGCGGAAGCUAUUUGCUGUGGAAGAGGAGUUUGAAGAUGAGGAUUUCUUAUCUGCUGUGGAGGAUGCUGAGAACCAGUUUGUUGGUGCCCUGCCUGUGAAUGCUGGGCGCCUGAGACCUGUUUCUUCCAAGCUCCAGGAGACUGUGCAGGCACAGUCAUUGCACUCUCCUGCUCCUUCAGAGGUUUUGAGCCUGCCAGCAUUGGGAACCUGUCUCCCUAACCUCAGCGGGUCCAGAGCCAUCAGGGAUCCAUCUUCCAUAGGAACAGCCCACCUAAGGCCUGUCUCGACUUCCAGCAGCUGGACUGGCAAUCAGAGGAGAAUGAUGGUGACAGAAGUGCUCCAGAAACCAGCUGGACUCCCAUCCUCAGCCCCACACCAUGUACUUACCUUUGAGAGGCAUCAGUGGGGCAUUGGUGGCUUUGAGGGGCCUGAACAAGAUGAAUUUGAUGAAGUCCUGGCAAACAUGGAACUGGAGGGAACUGGCAUGGAACAGGAACUUGGAGUUAACAGUGAGGCUACACAUAUCCCACCAGCCCAGCAGCAGCAGGAGGACCCAGUACUGGCUAAAAAGGCCCGGGUAGCCGAUCUGAGUAAAUCUUGCCUGAAGGGACCCAGGCCUGCCACCUGCACAACUGAUGUCAUGUCAGUCCAGGGUGAGCGUCUGGAGCCUAUUGGCUGCAGGACUCCUCGGCCCUACUUGAGACCUGUUGCUGCUGGUAACCUUCCUGUCCCAACUACCUCAGCAGUUCCCACUCAGCAACCCCACUGGGAAGUCUAUAUCAAGGGCCCCCCAGUUCCAGCACACCAGCUUCUUCAAGCUGCUGGAGGCUCCAGUCAGAGCAGCCCUCAAAAUCGUUUGCCCAGACAGCCAUUUCAGUCUCCCAAUGCCUGGUUAAGUGGCAAAUCUCAUUUUCCUGGACCUCGAACUCCCAACUCCAACUGUUCUACUCCCUCAAGGACCAGCUCUGCAGUAUCUCCUCAGGGGCCUUUGCAAUCCCGAGCUUCAAUGUCUUCUGUUGAGUCUCCUAUUGGCACCACAAAAGGUCUCCAUUCCUCCCCGGUUCCCCAGGCAGCUCUGCAAACGCCCAUAGUCACCAACCACCUGGUGCAGCUGGUCACUGCUGCCAGCCGAACACCUGAGCAGCCCACUCGCCUCUUCACCCGAGCCAAAACACGCCGCUUCCCUGGCCCAGCAGGGCUCCUGCCUCACCAGCAUAGUGGGAAGAAUCUAGAGGAGAUCAUGGUUUCCAUGCCCCAGACUCCAACUCAUGGUGCUCUGGCUAAAUUCCGGACAGAGAUCAUUGCUAGUUCCCAGAGGUCGGUGGAGGAGGAUUUUGGGCAAGGGCCCUGGCUGACUAUGAAAUCCACUUUGGGCUUGGAUGAGAGAGACCCCACCUGCUUUCUCUGUACCUACAGCAUUGUCAUGGUGCUGCGGAAGGCAGCCCUGAAGCAGCUCCCCAGGAACAAGGUCCCCAACAUGGCAGUGAUGAUCAAGUCUCUGACUCGGAGCACAGUGGAUGCCAGUGUGGUUUUUAAGGACCCCACAGGAGAGAUGCAGGGGACCGUGCACAGGGUGCUGUUAGAGACACGCCAGAAUGAGCUGAAGCCUGGCUCAGUGCUGCUGCUGAAGCAGAUUGGAGUGUUUUCUCCUUCACUCCGAAAUCACUACCUCAAUGUGACACCCAACAACCUGGUCCAUAUUUACAGCCCAGAUUCCAGGGACGGGAACUUCUUCAAGCCCUCUCAGCCUUUCCCCAAGGAUCCAGGAAGCUUCCAUGGCAGCCUCCAGCCUGAUAUGGCUGUAAAGCCCACAGAAGACCUCAGAACUGCACAGAUCCCAGAGGCAGGGGUGUCCCCUGAGGAAGAACUCUCAGAAGCAGAUGACCUAGAUGGACUCCUGAGUGAGCUCCCUGAGGACUUUUUCUGUGGGCCCAGCAGUUUGGAUUGUCCCAAGGCAGGACACCCACCAUGA